UUCAUUAUCUAGACUUCAGCUUCAUUCUACUUGACAAUACUGUAUAAUUCUAUAAGGACUGGCUCCUUUCUACCACUCUCUCUACCUGGAUACAGUCUCAUCGCACUUAGCGUUUACUUACUCAUUCGCGCAAUACAGCUUCUCAAUAAUUAAAAUCUCCCAUUGAAUGCCUUGCAAGUGGCUUCUACAACUCAGCUAUCGCGCCCUACGAGACAAAUGGCAAAACUAUUAGCUGAACUGACACCUCCAUUCCCGCCAAGCUUCAUGGCAUCAAGGCGAUAUCGAUGGGCAGCAGGACUCACUUUUGCCUUCUUCGUCUUCUUCGUCCUCUCAAAUAACGGAUUUCUUUCCCAGAAGCCAUUGAAAUUCCAUGGCUCAAUCGAGGUCGACUGGUCGCGCUUCGCUUACACGCAAUAUGUCACCAAUAGCGACUAUCUCUGUAACUCAGUCAUGUUCUUCGAAUCGUUGGAUCGCCUUUCUAGUCGUGCCGACCGUGUGAUGAUGUAUCCUUCUCACAUGUUCGAGGCAAAUAACGGUAGUUCUGUGGAUACCCAAUUGCUCAUAAAAGCUCGCGAUGAAUAUCGAGUCAAGCUCGUUCCCAUUACAGUUCAGCACAAGGACAAUAAAGAUGAUACCUGGGCCGAUUCUUACACGAAGCUCCUCGCUUUUAAUCAGACUCAAUACAGCCGGGUGCUUUCUAUCGAUUCUGAUUCCACGCUCUUACAAGACAUGGAUGAACUAUUUCUUUCGCCCCCAGCACCAGUAGCCAUGCCAAGAGCCUACUGGCUGUUCCCCGAGAAGGAGAUCCUCUCAUCUCAGGUGAUACUUAUUCAACCUUCUGAAAAAGAAUUUGCUCGCAUUAUGGCCAAGGUGGAUUCUGCCUCUGAGAACGACUUCGAUAUGGAGAUUGUGAACUACCUGUAUCGCGAGAGUGCCCUUGUCCUCCCGCAUCGUCCCUAUGAUCUGUUAACGGGUGAGUUCCGUGCAGAUAAUCACAAGAGGUAUCUCGGCUCUGAUACUGAGCCUUGGGAUCCCGCCACUGUCUAUAACGAAGCGAAACUCGUCCAUUUUUCUGAUUGGCCGCUUCCUAAGCCAUGGAUACAAACGGAUGAGGAGCUUCGCCUCCAGUCGCAGCCCAACUGCACGACUUUGUCAGAUGGCGCUGAGGACUGCGCAGCAAGGAUAAUAUGGAACUCUUUCUAUACAGAUUUCAAACGGAAGCGGAAGGAAAUUUGCGGGCUGAGCGAGGUGAUAUUGCCCAAGGAAGAGUACGAGGAAUGAUCUCGCCUUUCUUGCAGAUGCAGGCUAUUCGGUAUUAGAGCAAUGAUUUAUGG